AUGGCGGCUUUCCCCAAUCUUAACACUGAUUCUGGAUUGAAGAAGCUCGACGAGCAUCUUCUCACUCGCUAUUUCAUUACAAGUCAUAAGGCUUCAAAGGAUGAUAUCACACUCUAUGCGGCUCUUUCAAAGCCUCCACCUUCGCAGUAUGUGAAUGCAUCUCGUUGGUACAACCACAUUGAGACCCUCUUGAGUAUCUCAGGCAUCUCUUCUGAAAGGAUUGGUGUUACUAUUGAUGGAUUGACCACUAUCACAGAAGAGGCUGCUGCUAAUUCCAAGGAUGGUGUGGUGGUUAUUGAUGAUGAUGACAAUGAUCAUGAUGUUGACCUUGAGGAAAAGAAAGCUGCUGAUGAAGAUAGAGCAGCUUCUUUGACAGCAAACACAGAGAAGGAAGUAUCUUGGGGGUCGAUCGUAAUGGUUAUCGUACCGCAAUAUGGUGAGAUCGACAUGAAGAAGCUAGAGGAAGAUAUAAGAUGUAUUCAAAUGGAAGGAGUUAUUUGGGGAGCAUCAAAACUUGUCCCACUUGGUUAUGGAGUAGAGUCGUUGCGGAUCGUAGCCAGCUGCCCCGAGGAUGAGGAAUUUGAUCGUUUCGACGAACUUGUCUCUGACCAUGUAAUGGCUUUGGGGCGUUUCAGCGUUGGGACUGCUGGCUUGAAAGAAUCUCUUAUUCUUAUCAAGCCGAUGGAUGACGAGGCCGACAUGCAGAAGCUAGAGGAAGCUGUAAGAUCCAUUCACGUCACAGGGUUGUUUUGGGGAGCAUCAAAGCUUGUCCCCGUUGGUUAUGGAAUCAAGCUGUUGGGGAUUACGUGCACCGCCGUUGGAUACCUUUGGCAUCUUAGACGCAUGGUUCACCUCGACACCGUUGUGAAAGAGCAAAUAGUUGAUAAUCAGUAUGCCCAGAGCUGUCAAAUUCUCCGAAUUAACAGAAUAUGUAAUGGAAUCACAGAAGAGGAAUCUGAUUCUAAGGAUGAUGCGGCUGAUGACGAUGUUGACCUUUAUAGGGAAGAGAGAGCAGCUGGCAAGUUAGGGUUAGUGCUUAGAGAGCUGUAUGGUGACAUAAAGGAGAAUGGCGAAGCACUUAGAGCACCUCCAAUGGGGGACUCCUAA